UAUAUAAAUACCCUUUUCUCUCCGACAUCCUAUCGUAUAUCUCACGCUCUCUCUUGCUCACUCACUACAGAAAACACCAUAAUCAAUCAUCUAAAAGAGAGAGAUGGCCGAGCAAACCUUCAUCAUGAUCAAGCCUGAUGGCGUUCAGAGAGGCCUUGUUGGUGAGAUCAUUGCCAGAUUUGAGAAGAAAGGUUUCUACUUGAAAGGUUUGAAACUUAUUAGUGUGGAGCGUGCUUUUGCUGAAAAGCACUAUGCUGAUUUAUCUGCCAAGCCUUUCUUCAGUGGAUUGGUGGAUUACAUUAUCUCUGGCCCUGUUGUUGCCAUGAUUUGGGAGGGUAAAAAUGUUGUGGUUACUGGCAGAAAGAUAAUUGGGGCCACUAAUCCAGCUCAAUCUGAGCCUGGAACUAUUCGUGGUGACUAUGCCAUUGACAUUGGAAGGAAUGUUAUCCAUGGAAGUGAUUCAGUUGAGAGUGCUCGCAAGGAAAUUGCAUUGUGGUUCCCUGAUGGCUCUGUUAACUGGCAAAGCUCCCAACACUCUUGGAUCUAUGAGUAAACCAUAUGCAUCAAGUUGAUCUUGAAGUUACCUUAGGAUGAUCCAGAUUAUCUAAUCUACAUGUUCUGUUUCUGUCCAUUUCUGGACUUUUGUUAGAGUUUGGUACCUUGGGUUUGUAUCUCAAGUCUCUGCUUAUGCCAUGUCUGUUGAAACAUGCUCACAGUCUGAUAAAUCAAAAUUUCAAACUAGUUUUGCUUUAGCU